UAUUUUUUAUUAGAUGGUAAGCUGCAGUUGAGACAAAAGUAAUUCAAAUUGUUGUAAAUAUGUACUAAACAAACUUAAAACUGAUUUGAUAUGUCAAAUUGUGUUUGAAAUUUCGCCAAAUUUGUGUUGUAAAUAUGCAACUAGUGAAUUGCAUUAUUUGAAGCUGAAGCGCAAAAGAACAAAGAACUAUCUGCGUUUUACUGUAAGUUUUUAUUUACUGAAGAAAUCAAUUAAUAUAGAGCACAUUGUAUUCAACAAUGGCUGGAGAAGAUCUGUCUGACUUUACUUCAAUAAACAACUUACCAGAUGAACUAAUAGUCUUAUUUUUCAAAUAUCUUUCUCUGGAAGACAUUCUUAUGUGUGAAGAUGUAUCCAAAAGAUGGAGAAAAUUGGCUUUGGAUCCCAUCUUGUGGAGACAAUUUGUUAUUGUCUUUUCAGGGAAACCUGGACAAAGUGAAGUAAGUGAGAAAAAUUUGGAGAUAAUAUCAACACACAGUGACUUUAUUUAUUCAUUGAAAAUACAAUAUGUUUACAACUAUUCAGACAUAGAGAGCAUUUUGGAAAAAUGUCACAAUUUAAUUUCACUAGAACUAGUCAUGUGUAGAAUAAGUAAAAACUUUGAGGAUCAUUUAAGAAAUCGGACACAUUUAAGGAAACUUAGUUUGAAGAAUUCUAUUCAGCUAUCUAGUGAAGUGGAUUGGUUAUUCCCAUUUAAUCAACUUAAAGAGCUAAAAUAUUUAGCUUUGUCAGAUUUUGGCCUUGCUCCUGGUAAUUGUAAUAUGUUGCUGAAAUGUAAAAAUUUGUCCCAUAUAUAUAUUGAAAAGAUUAGGGAUUUAAACUUAGAUUUUGUGAAAAAUUUAAUUUUAUCAAAAGAAAACAUCUUAGAAACUUUGCAUAUACAUGGUGGGGAUUCUGUUGAUGAUUCUUGCUUAAAAAUGCUAUCCAGAUGUACACAACUAAGAGACUUGGCUAUUAUAAGGUGUGAAAACCUGACUGAUGAAGGACUUAUAGCUUUAAUACAUUUCAAGAAAUUAGAACACUUACAAAUAUGGAACAACAACAAUUUCUCAGAAAUGGUACUCUUAAAAACUUUGGGCAGUGCUACUUUAAUAAUAUUAGAAAGUCUUAGUUUGUCUAGAGUGAAGAAUAUUUCACCUGUAAUAGUUGAUAUAAUAUCAGAGUACUAUAAAAAUUUAAAAUUUUUGGCGUUAUACCAGUGCCCUCGAAUUAUCAACACAGAUUAUGAGAAACAACUAAAAUCUAAAUUUAGAAACAUAGAUGUUGUGCUCUAUUAAAUAUGAAUAUAAUGAACAUUUAGGAAUGUUUUUAAGUAGUACAAACAUAAAAAGAGCUAUAACCAGAUUGUUGGAAUAAAAUGUUUAAAAGGGCAAUACUAGUUUGACAGAGUAACUGAUAUAUUAUUUUUUCUGUGAUAUUAGUGUUACAAUGAAUGAUUGUAGAAUUUAUCUUAUAUUAAUAUAUUAUUUUAAAACUU